CGAAGAGCCGAUUUAUUGUCACUUUGGACGUCGAUUAAGUGAAAGGCAAUCAUUCAUUUGGGAAAGCAGUCAUUUUUCUUAAGAAUCCGAAUUAAUUAUGGGUUCAAAGUGGCAUUUGCUAAUUGCAGUUUUUUGCUGCAUCGCACUAGAAGUAAAUACACAACUGGGGAUUCCCAAUAAUUACGUUUGUACUGAGGACUUUUGUGACAACUAUCUCGAAAAUGAGCCAUGUGAAGGAUUGAAGUCUGCAUGCAAGGUACAGAACGCAACUCAUAAUGGCAUUAUAAUGCCAUCGAUUGGUCCUUGCUCGUGUUGUCAAAUUUGCAUAGAAAAUCUGAAAUUGGGUGACGAUUGUUCGGUAGGUGGACUAGGUUCGCCUGUACCCACAGGAAUAUGCGGUCCGGGAUUGUAUUGUACAGUAUCUGAAGAAAAUGAACAUCCAACGUGUCAGCCUAUGCAUGACUCAAGCAAAUGCUUCAAAGCGCAAAAAGCAUUCGAUCAGAAACGGCAGAGUGGCACGAUUGGCCAUUUGAUGCAACGACCUGAGUGUAAUGCGGAUGGGUAUUUCGAACCCGUUGUUUGUAUUCCUGGACAGACGUGCUACUGCAUCGACGAAGACGGGAAUCGAAUUUUCGGUGAAGCAGUCCAUACGGCAGGCAUUCAAAUAUCGAUGAGAUGUGAAUGUUCACGGUUAGCGGCAAAGGCUCAAAAGUUGCUGAACUCACGUUAUCCCAUAUUGACGUCGAGAUGUGAUUACAAAGGUUCUUUCGACCAGCUGCAAUGUGUUGAUGAUAUUUGCACUUGCGUCGAUAUGCACAGUGGAGAGCCAACUUCGGACAGAAAAAAUAUUACACGUGGGCUAGCAGGUUUACCAUGCUUUAACAAACGCCUUCAUGAUAAUGCUACAUAUCUAAGAGAAUGUGAACUGGUAAAACUAAAUCAACUGCGCGAAAUUCACGACUACGAAAGUCUUGGAUUCAAUGUACUAGAAUUUGACACAGACAUAUGUCAACCAGACGGGUGGUUCAACAGAAUUCAAGUGAAUGACACUCAUAAAUAUUGUUCCAACAAGGAUGGAAGUGUACUGGAGUCAUACGUAACGAGCCGCAGCUCUCCUGAAGCUAUGCAAAUGAACUGCAAAUGUGCAAGAGCACGGAAGCUUCUUAUGGAUAGUAACAGUUUGGAGCUUCCCGAAUGUUGUCCUAAUGGAAAUUACAAGCCACUUGCCUGCCGGCGGGGCCAAUGUUACUGCGUUGAUGAAGACGGAAAUCAAGUAGGAAUAGAAAAACCUGCAAAACAUAAGGAUCAGCUGGACUGCUACAGCGCUGAAGAUGUGUGUGCCAAUGCUUAAUUGCCACAUUCAUACACUCUUUUCAACUGCAAACAAAACAUGCAAAAAAUAAGUUUUUUUUUUUGGUUCUUCGAGCUGAUAAUAAAAGAGAUAGUUUUGGUCAAAAUUCAAAAGAUCAAAAGAGAUCAAGAUUUAUCAAAAU